AUUCUAAUUUUAGUCUCUAACAUCUCCUAAAUAUCUUAUUUUACUUAUUUAUAAUAUAUUUUCACCUUAAUAAAAAACUCGUUUACAAAUACUGUAUCAUUUUUUUUUUAAUUUCUAAAGAGUUAUUAAUUAUUAAUAUUUUUUCAAGGACAAAGCACGCCAUUUCCCACGAAAUUUCAGGCACAGGCAUCCCCCCAACGUAUUGCUAGUAAUUUUUAGAUAAAUAAAAAUUAAGGUGUGAAAAAAGUGGCAUUUAGGAAUUGUCAAAGUAGUCCAAUUAGUUUACUCUCGUAGAAAUUAGAACAAGAAAAGCAAAGACUUGCAAGAAGUUGCAUACCUGCUUCACCGCAUCUAAGAAGCUUUACCGCUUGGGCAGGGCUCGACACUCUUGAAACAACACAGUAGGGGAGAGACGGUUCCUUUGUCCGAUGGCAGUUUUGGAGCGACUAGUAAGGACUGCUCGGUCAUGGCGCAUCAUCGCCUCUCCUAAAACGCUAACCCUAACGCCGUCACGUGCUCCCUCACGUGACCUCCCUCCUCCUCUCUACCACCCUUUCUCUCAAAGCUCAAAUUUUACUAUUGGAUCAGAUAUCCAGCAACUAAGGUUGGUGGCUGGUGCUUCAGGGUCAUACUCUUUACUUCCAGUUGUCUUAGCUGGUUUGCUUGGAGCAGGAAUGAUACAAACAGCUUAUGCUGAAGCUGGUGAGGUCACUGCCAAGCCUUCUCUUCCAGCGGAACCUCCUGCAAGUCAUGCCAACCUUGAGGAAACUGCCAAGAAAGAGAGGCAGCGAAUUGAACAGUUUCUUAAAGAUAAAGGAAUGAAAUAUGGUUCUUAUCCACGGUUUACUGUUGCUGUCAAGGGCCAAAAGGUUACAAUCAAAUUCCAGAUUCCUUCUUCAUGUGAAGUUGCACAAUUGAUUGCAAACCUUGUUUCACAUCUUGGACUGAAGGUUGAAGAGCGUGGCGGUGGUUCAGAUGUGCUAUUGCGUGCAUGGAACAGUUCAGUAGCUUGGCAGCUAACACUUAAUUCACUAGAGAAACGGAAGGAAACUGGAGUAAAUGAGGGGCAUUCAGUUUAUAGUAAUGGAGAUGAAGGUGAUUUAUGCAUCCUCAUUUUCCAUUCGCUCAUAAGCUCAGACAAAGCGGAAAUUGAGUUUAUAAAGCAAGGAAGUUUGAACCCCAAGGAGCUUGACGCCUUGGUAUCUGUCUUAGAACUAGCUGGUGCUAGGUUUGCACGAAGUAGCACUUUGGUAAAAAAACCUAGGGAAGGUUCUCCACGGAUGCCUGCACAAAAAUCAAUUGCGAGCCUGGAGGCCAUGGGGGUGAGAAUUUAUGGACUUGAUGCACCACAUCAGAAUAACUCAUACUGUGAGAUAUCAUGGGAUAAUAUUGCUGGAUAUGAACAACAAAAACGAGAAAUAGAAGAUACAAUUUUACUGGCUCUAAAUAGCCCUCAAGUAUAUGAUGAUAUUGCUCGUGGGACUCGCCGAAAAUUUGAGUCAAAUAGACCUAGAGCUGUGCUCUUUGAAGGACCUCCAGGUACAGGGAAGACAUCUUGUGCUCGUGUUAUUGCUAAUCAGGUGGGUGUCCCAUUGCUCUAUGUGCCACUAGAGAUUGUUAUGUCAAAAUACUAUGGUGAAAGUGAACGCUUACUGGGGCAAGUGUUCUCUCUUGCCGAUCAGCUCCCUGAUGGUGCUAUCAUAUUUUUAGAUGAGGUUGAUUCUUUUGCCACUGCUCGUGAUGGUGAAAUUCAUGAAACUACACGUCGAAUUUUGUCAGUGCUAUUGCGACAGAUUGAUGGAUUUGAACAGGACAAGAAAGUAGUUGUCAUUGCUGCUACAAAUAGAAAACAAGAUCUUGAUCCUGCAUUGAUUAGCCGUUUUGAUUCAAUGAUCGUCUUUGGCCUACCCGAUGAGCAAAACCGUCUGGAAAUAGCAGCUCAGUAUGCAAAGCAUCUUACAGAAUCAGAGUUAGCUGAACUUGCUCGAGUCACAGAUGAAAUGUCUGGGAGGGACAUCCGGGAUGCAUGCCAACAAGCAGAGCGGUCGUGGGCAUCAAAGAUAAUUCGAGGAGAAGCAACUACUGACAAAGAACAACCGUCUCUCCCACCUUUGGAUGAAUACAUGAAAAGUGCAAUGAACCGAAGCAAGGCUCUACUUGGUGUUGCCGAGCAGAUAAACCAAAUACCUAAUUCACCUAUGAAGAAACCUCCUUUAGAUAUGUAGAGAGACAAAUAUGGUGAUUAUCUGCAGACGCAUCAAAUCCUUGUGCAUAGAUUUUUCCUUUAUAUAGAUAUGAUGAUCAGGAUGCACGCGGUCUAUGAUCAAAAGAUCAAAGCUUCAUUUGCAUCCCUCAACUUUGAUUUUAUACAACAAAAAACACAUUUUUUCCAUUCUAUUAGUUUUAGUGAAACUAUAGAAGAUCAAGUCGCACUGCAGCAGACUCAGCUGCAAAGCUCCUUGCC